AUGGCAGCUGGAGAUUCUUUACGUUAUCAUACUCGUACCGUGGUACCAACAGGUCGUCCAGAAACAUAUGGGUCUAGAACUUUGACACUUCAUCCUGAAGAACUUGGUGAAGCACCAGUUCCUUCAGGAGAAGCAGAUGACACAUCAUCACAACCUAUCGGAACUUUAAAGCUUCGUGGUAGACCAUCUGAUAAUAGAAAAGUUAAAUGGGAUGACGGUGUAGUGGAUAACGAAGGUUUGGGAAAGAAAAAAUCGAAGAUUUGUUGUAUUUAUCAUAAACCUCGUGCGUUUGAUGAAUCAUCGGACGAAGAAUCCAGUAGUAGUGAUUCUGACAAUUCUGAUCAUGAUCAUGAUCAUAAACACGAGGAACGUCCACGUCCGCCAAGUCCAGGUCCAGAAUCCAAGGAUAAUCCAACAUCAUCAUAA